CACCACCACCACCAUCACCACUUUGCCCCCCAUACAUAAUAAUACAUAAUAAUAAUACAUAAUAAUAAUAAUACAUAAUACACAAUACACAAUACACUCCGGCCGGCCCUUCCUCCUCCCACCCAAAUUCCCUCAAUUUUUGCUACGAUGGAGAGGAGAGAGCGCAGUCGCAGCAGCAGCAGCAGCAGCAGCAGUAGCAGCAGAAGCAAUAGUAGUAGGAGUAUAAGAAGAAGAGGUUGAAGAGGAGGAGGAGGAGGAGAGAUCGAGGAGGAGGAGGAUUGCGGAGGAGGUGAGCUCGGUCAGAUCGAUCAAUCAGCUCGGUGGUGUGCAAGACGUACAGUGGCGGCGGCGGAGGAGAAAGAGGAGGAAAGGGAAAGGGAGACGAUGGAGAUCGGGUGGCCGACGGACGUGCGGCACGUGGCGCACGUCACCUUCGACCGCUUCCACGGCUUCCUCGGCCUCCCCCGAGAGUUCGAGCCCGACGUCCCCCGCCGUGCCCCCAGCGCCAGUGCGAAUGUUUUCGGCGUCUCGACGGAAUCAAUGCAGUGUUCCUACGACUCCAGAGGGAACAGCAUUCCCACAAUACUCUUGCUAAUGCAAAGACGCCUCUACGACCAAGGCGGCCUUCGGGAAGAGGGUAUUUUCAGAAUCACUGCAGAGAACAGCCAGGAGGAGUAUGUGAGAGAACAGCUGAAUAGCGGCGUCGUUCCUGAUGGUAUUGAUGUUCAUUGUCUGGCAGGCCUAAUCAAGGCUUGGUUUAGAGAGCUUCCUACCGGAGUGCUCGACUCUCUCCCGCCGGAGCAAGUAGUGCAAUGCCAAUCAGAAGAAGAUUCUGCGCAGCUCGCCAGGCUUCUGCCGCCGACGAAAGCCGCUUUACUCGACUGGGCAGUAAACUUGAUGGCUGAUGUGGUUCAGGAAGAACAAACUAACAAGAUGAAUGCGCACAAUGUUGCGAUGGUCUUCGCUCCCAACAUGACCAAGUUGGCAGAUCCUUUCACAGCAUUGAUGUAUGCUGUGCAAGUGAUGAAUUUUCUAAAGCUGCUCAUACUGAGGGCUCUUAGAGGGAGAAAGGAAUCGAACUCAGAACCAUCUAUUCCCGAAACAAAACCUUGGGACGAAACCGGCCAUCGAAAUCCUCAGCUUCUUCCUGAAUCCUGCGACAAAACUUUAAGCCCUUUCAAAGAAAAACCCACCACUGAUGAGCCGGCCGAUACUUCUCGGUCGUUUCGCGACGGCAUCACCCUCGACGGCGGUUCGACCAGCGCUGUCGAUGGCUUGAAUCUGAAUUCGAAGUCUAAUGAGGGAGAGAGAAUGAAAGUUGACGGGGAAAGUGCGGUUAGAGCCGAGAUGCAAAAUGGUGAUGAGGAGCUGAAGGCCGGGAUAAACAGAGUAAGUUGAAUUAGUUUCUGGGUUGUGUGCAUUUUAAUGGCUAACUUUUAAUUGUUGAUAGGAUUGAGACGAGUGAUUGCGCAUUUGCUUUAGAAAUUUUUAUUAGUAUGUUUCUUGUUGGGUUUGGUUUUUUGUGGUUUGCAGCAUCUUGGGGACUAACUGCUUCUUUGUGCUUGCAUUUUUUUUUUUCUUUUUUUUAACUUAACGUUUGGUAUUAUUUUCAAUUGAACCUUGAUGUUUGGUUUUAUUUUCAA